AUGAUGCGAGAUUCCCGCCGCCAGAGCCCCGAGAGCUCUCGGAGGCGGAGGCGGGAUCACAGGCGAGAUUCUCACGAGAAUCUGGCCUUUGUCCCUCCUCAACCUAUGAAUUCGAGCAUGCCUCAAUCCUCAGCAUACCCCAACUACCCUUCACAAUAUCCGACACCCAGUGCGACCGCGCCGACGAGAGCGCGUGGUGCGGGACCUUCCGACGUAGGCAGAGACAGAGAUGGAAACAUAUAUGGGAGCAGAGACGAAAUCAGAGAUGGAAACCGAUAUGGAAGUAGAGAUGAAGUACGAGAUGGAAACCGAUACGGAAGCAGGGACGAAAUAAGAGAUGGAAAUAGAGACCGGGAUCGGGACCAAUAUCGGGAGCCCGUACGGGCACGGCAGUACGCAAACAGACAAAGAGCAGCUUCUGAUAGCUCUGGGUCAUUUACCUCAAGCUCUGCCGCGUCGUCCCUAAUAGACAUCUCGCGUCAUUACCCGGCCCAGAGCCGCUUCGGAGGUCUCUUUGGCACCUUCUUCGGCGCUCCCUCAGAGCGUCGGGUACGUCGCCGGAGGAGUGGUCGAGCCAAGAAGCGCCGUGUGCUCUAUUUUGGCAACUCGUCGUCUUCAUCGGUCAACUCCGAUUUGGCCUAUGGAACGGGGUAUAUUCCCAAGACCAAGGGCCGCGAGUUCAACAAGCUGCGCAAAGUCUCUGGUGGACACUCGACGCAUCAAACUAGAGACAGAGACGGGAGGAACGCCAACGAGUAUGAUAGGGCUGGGGCUGGCAUCUCCGUUGCCGCAGGUAGUUCUAGCCGACAAGGCGGUCCCAAAAAGGACAAGACGGACGAGGAAAUUCUUGCGCUUGGCCGUCAACUCUCUGACUUUGCGAAAAAGCAGAAGGAGCACGAUCAGCGAACCUCUGGCAAGGUCAAGGCAACCGGACUCCUGGCAGCAGCUGCCGCCGUCAAUGAGGUUCGAAAGAAGAGACGCGAUGCAAAGACUCGUGGUAUUGCUACCUCUAGACCUCAUGGUGAUUACUCAGAUUCCAGCGACGAUUCGGAUUGGGAAGACGCUCCUGACGAUCAGGGUGGUUUCAGCGACGCUGAAUCGGCUUUGGCAUAUGGCUCGGUCGUCUCUCAUGCCCUUAGGCCUACGAGAUCUGGCAUGACAUCCGCCUUGGGAGUUGCAACCGGCGCUGCUCUGGGUGCAGGCGUGGCUUCCACGACUGGCCGAUCCGGAACCUCGACAAGACCUGCAGAGAGCCUCCCAGCUACCAAUGUUAGAAAGAGCUCCGUCGUGGAUCCCCGACUAUUCGGGCCCUACAACUCCCUCAGGGGCAUGAUCAACACGCCUUGCGGGUUCGGCGAGGGUCAGCCCACGGCUGAUCACCAACAGUUCAAUAAGUUGCGCCGCGCUGAAACCGAGCCUAUCUAUAAGGGUCCCAUGAAGAAUGUUUACCCCGUGCCAACUUCUGACCCGGAUAACUUCGAUGCCGACGCUGCCCCAACCAUGUCGUCUCGCCAGGAACUUCCUUAUCGGUCUCGUCCUGCCCCAAUUCCUCUUCAACAACCCAGCCCUAAAGCACCGGUAUCAUCCAAGGUGUACCAAGCCGAGAAGCUGGAGGAAGAGAGCCAGAAGCACUCACGAACACGUUCUGACGAGACUGGAGUCGGCGCAGGCACGAAACUCACAGGCAUCGCUGCCGCAGCAGCAGCCGCAGUUGCCCUUGCAUCUGAUCGAAAGUCCAAGAGAGACUCACGUCGAGACGAGCGAAGAAAGGAGCGCAAAGAUAAUGAUACCCAAGAAGUCCAAGAGUUCAACCGCGUCGCCGAGCCCUGGGAGGGAGAUAGGGGGGACCGAUCCAAGCGCCGUGACAGGGAUGCAGAGUCAGAGGUCAAUCACAGAUCAAAGAGAGACUCAUACUCUUCUAAAUACUCUGAUGAACGGGAUCACAAGCGUCAUUCACGCCGCGAAGAAGACGCAACGCCCCGAAAGCGUCGUGAGACAAGGGUAGACCACUAUCCCGAGGCAGAGUCGUCCCGAAAGCCCAAGCGCAGCGAAAAGGGCGAUCGUGACAGGGAUUUCAAAAGUGAGGUAUCGCGGUCAUCUCAAAGAGACAGCCGCAAUAUUGAUGAUCGGGAUGAACGGCGACGGGAUGAGCAGAACACUCGCGAUCAAAUGCCGGGUGCCUACGACUAUAUCCCGCCCCCUGCAGACACGACCACCCGCCAGCCUGUUGACCCCUUCCAAUUUCAGGUUACUGAUGGCGCCUUGGGAACAUCCCUGGUCUCUGCCGCCAUGGCCCCGACGCGACCAUUGACUCCCACUGUUGUGACGGUGGAUCGGGAGCCCAACUUUGACGACCCGCCACUCCUGGAGCAGUCAGACACCAGGCUGAGUCGGAAGGACUCAUUUGAAAUGGAGCGCAUGGCGGAGGAAUACAACAAGGGCGCUCGAAAUUAUCUCGAGGGUAAGGAUUCACGACGACAUGAUUAUGAGGAACGAGGGCAUGAAGCAAGGACUAUUUAUGAGGAGGCCAAACACUCCACUGCUCCCAUUGCAGCAGCAGCAGCCGUAGUGUCUGCUGUAGCUAUGGAAAUGGACCGGUCAACAGACCACCGUCGAAAUGGUUAUGUGGACGACGAGUCUCGCGAUUACUCAAAGUCAAGCAAGGAUCCUGUCCAGGAGGAGGCAGACAGAUACUACCGAGAGAAGAUGACUGCUGAAAAAAAUGCCGCCGAGGAACAACAAUCUCGCAGCGUGUCUUCCGACAAGUCUGUCAUUGGCAAAUACGAUGACGAUGGCCAAAAACAACCCUACACCAUUGUCACGCCACCGGAUAUGGAAGGGAACAAGACUUCUGUCAAGAGCCCAUAUGAGGGUCCAGAUGCCGACGUUAGAAUCGACAACAAGAUUUACCCCAAGGAACUCCACAGAUUCCAGUCCAGGGACCGGGACAGCAAUUCGUUUUUAUCCCGCGACCCUUCUUGUGAACGCGAGCGGCCGAUGCUCAACCUCGUCUAUCCUACCCCAGUACCCAGUCGUCAGCCUACACCCAGCCUAUCACGAGGCUCAAGCGGAGUUGGUGAGAAACCAACUUCUGCCGAUGAAGACAAGGGCAAGAAGAAAAAGAAAAAGACCAAGAAGAAUAAGUCCAUAUCGAAUGACGGCUCCACUGAGGACUAUUUUGGCGGUGCUAAGAGUGAGACCGGAGCUUCUGGUGCAGCCUCCACUGUUUCCUCCUCUGCCAAGUCUGUCACAUGGGGUGAAAAUUCGACCAAGAGCUUUGAGGUUGAGAGCCCGGGGCCGAGAAGCGAAGACGAUAUAGCGCUGGACAAGUCCGAGUCUGGGGAUAGGUCACGACCUGUUCUCAAUCAGACGAGUCAAUGGGGCAUGAUUGCUGCUGCCAUUGCAGGCAGUAGUGCUGAGCCUGCCGACGAACCAAAAGUCAAGGCAUCACGCUCCAAGAAGGCCAGCUCCGAUGUUGGCGUAGGCUAUCGCGACAGGUCGACGAAAGAUGUGGACGACUUGAUGGACGAUGCAAGAUCAGAACCCCCAAUCCCCGGGCCGAAGCCUGUCAGCCUAGCCUCCGUGAAGAUGCCUGGCGGCUUCGAAGAUGAUAUCGAGUUUGCAGCCACCCUUGCCGCCGGUCUCAAGGAUACCGGAUUCGACCCCAGUAUUGUCAUUGACGAUCCUGAGUACCGUCGUCGGGAUUCUCCUCCCCACACCAGCGACACGAACGGGGAUGGAUGGAACGGCUCCUCAUUUGCUGACGUUGUUACAGACAUGACGUCUAAGCAAAAGGGCGUGUCUGACCCUGGAUUUUUUUCCGAGCCUGUUGAUAUGACUAGGGAAGACCCAACGGGCCCGUCUGAUGUGUGGACCGAGCCUUCCCAUAGACUCAGCAAGAAGGAGAAAAAGAGACUCGAAAAGGAAGCCAAGAGACAAUCUGUUGACAUUACUGGACCUGUGGCCGCCGAAGUACUUGAGACUGGUGCCUUUGAAGAUGUCCCUGAGAGGCAAUUACUCAAUAAGGAGCAGCGUAAGCGCGAUGAGGAAGCCAGGGUCGAGGAAAAGGUUCCUGACGCGUCUAUGGAUAAGAAGGAACUGUAUCAAAACGACGACUACAACUCCCGAGAAGCGGUCACCAACCCCGUGUGGGAAGAGCCUGACAAAAGGAAGAAGUCCAAAAAAGACCGAAAGAGCCGCGAUCUUGAAGAUGACACCUCUACAAGGGUAUCACGCACCGAUUCCUUUGAUAGCAAAUCAACAAUUCGCGUUGUAAAUCAGGAUGAUGAAUGGGAUGCUCCCAGGAAGUCCAAGUCCAAAUCUAAGAGGGACUCUGGUGGCUCCGAGAUCGUCUCACGAUCGGCACCUGGUUCUGAAGUUGGCGAACGGGAAGCCCAUAGCAAACGCAGCUCUCGAUCAGCCCCUGGGUCCGAAGUGGGCGUGAGGGAAAGCUCCAGCAAGCAGAGCAGCAGCAAAUCCAGGCACCGAAGCGGCACUGAUUUUGACGAUUAUCGAGACGAUCCGCCGGAUCGGAAACGUGACCCCUGGGAUGACCGUGACGUUAGCUCCGUAGUCUCAGAGUCUCGCGGUGAUGAUCGUCGCAAAGAGAGACGAGGCAAGCGAUCAUCGUUGUACGACGACGACGACGCUAAAUCAGUUGCGUCUGCUCCCGGAUCAUCACGCAAGGGCAAGCGAUCAUCUCUCUACGAGGAUGAAGAUGCGGCUCGAUCAACUGUUUCCCUGUCAGGAUCUCCUCGCCGCAGUAGGGAUAAGGAGGCUGACAAGAGCGAGAAGAGGUCAAGCGGCUUGUUUGCCAGCAUAUUCAAGAAGGAUGGCAAAGACGACUCCAAGAAAUUGGAUAGGGAGUCUUUUUUAGAUAAUGCCGGCACCCUUGGCGCGGGUGUCGGCUUAGCGACUGCUGCUGCUGCUGUUGCCGCCAGCGUCUCUCGUUCAAAAGCCGCCCAAGCCUCCUCUGAGAAGGACUCCGACGCCGUCGAUAUUGACGAGUACCGAAAAUCGAAAGAGUCGGAAGACUUCGAUCCCGAGAUUGUUCCUCGAGCAAUCAAACCUGCCAUUGACCCUCAGUAUGGCGACUUGCUCCCCUUGCCCCCAAGCGAACCAGGCAGUCCCAAGUCUCUCCCUGAAGAUCUGCCUACCCUACCAGACAGCCGUCCAGACACGCCUACUGAGGAGCGCGCUCUGAAGCUAGACUUGUUGACGCACCGCCGCCGCAGAAGCACCCAGGAUACACCCGCCAAGUCUCCGAGCAGCACCGCUAUCCCCAUCUCUCUCCGCCUUGGCCAGAGACACGGUGCCCCCCCCAGCUCACCCAUUGCCCAUCGAUCACCACCACCAAACGACUCGCCAGUGACGACCCCCGAGUCAUCGCGUCGAUCGGCUCGCAUUUCUUGGGAUAGCAGCAGGGAAAUCAAGCCUCUCUAUCUUCUUGAACAUUCUCGACAUGGCUCCCUGGAUCAUAUUCCACAAAUGGACCUACCUGCGCUCCCCCCCAGCGAGCCAAGCGAGCCUCCUUCGAGAGAAUCCCCUGCUCCCGGGCAUGCGGACCUAUAUACAAACGAAGAUGUAGCCAUCGCGGGCAUCCCUUUGGAAAACUUGGCCGCAUCAGGACUUCGAAUUGAUACAGAUCUGGCCUCCUCUGCCCCCAUUGAAGACAUGGCUGGCUCCCAGGAAACUACCCCUAAGGCCAUUGCCAGACCCGAGCUACCCCUUGUAUCGGCCGACCAUGAAGAUGAUCCCGCCCCUGUUGAUUCAAUGUCCAAAGACAGAAGCUCAUACUUGCUCAACUCGGCCCCAUCUUCUACAAAGUCUAACAAGACUGUCAAGAGUGAAGAAAGCAUGCGCAGCCAGCCCGAGUCUACUCCAACCAAGCAUCCUAUGGCAGAGACCUCGCUGCCCGAUGCCGCUGAAGACAUGACUUCAGCUGAUGAACAUUUCUCCGACGCCUUGGAAGGAACACACUCGGACACUUUUGAAGAGGCUCGUGGCUGGUUCGACAAGGCACAGCCUCCUGAACCAGUCGCCGCCGAGAUGUCGAUGCCCACUGCCGAGCCUGCAGUCGGGCCUAUGCCACCAGUCCCUGUCGUUGAUGCCGAGCCGGAUGAGUGGAAAAACAUGUCUGCCAAAGAAAGGAAGAAAGCCAAAAAGGCCCGCAAGAGCAAAGAACUGUCUCUCAAGAAGGAUGUUGUUGCAGGUGCUGCCACUGCUGCAGUUGUCGCUUCUUUGUUGACAGAUGAGCCAACCAAGAUCGAAGAGGCUGCCGAGCCCGUUCUCCCACAGGAGAAGGAAAAGUCUCUUUCCGUGGAAGACGAGCUCGCAGAGACAAUGACGCAGCCAAUGGCUGACAAUGUCGUCCCGGAUGCGGCAGCUGACAUUUCUCAUACCGAUGCAGCAAAGGAUUCUGCCACUACUGCUGAUAUUGAGGUUGAUAAACCAGAGCAAGAUUUUGGUGAUCCAGCUCCUAUCGUUACUGAUGACGCAAAGGAAGAAGCACUUUCGUCAACCGUUGACACAACUAUCCACGAGGCUGUCGAGAACCUUGAACAAGAUCUCGCCCCUGAAAUUGUCCCGGAAUCCUCUCAGGACGCUGUUGCUAUUGAGCCUACCGCAGGGGCGGACUCCCGGGAAGCCUCAAGCAAGAAGGGUAAGAAGAAGAAGAAGAAGUCAAAGGACAUCUCUUCCCAUGACACUGUACCGACGGCCGAAGCUACCCCUGAUCUUGGCGCAGAUGCUACUCUUGAGCCUAUAGUCGACGCUCUCGCUGCUGAACCUAGAAAGCAACAGGAAACCGAGGCUACUAUCACAGAACCUCUGGACUUGAACAUGUCUGCUCCUGUCGAGACAACCACUGAGACAACAAAGUCUCUUGAAACCGUUGAAGCCAAGGAAUUUCACGGCACUGCGAUCCCACCUGGUGAAGAGUCUACUGCUGCUCAUCCUGAAGAGAUAACAUCUUAUUCGAUCUCCGAAAAGGACGAGAAGAAUCUUCAGAUGGACGAGCCUGUGAUAACGGAAAAGGAGCCAGAGAUUGAGACACCUCGCGAUCGAGAGCAAAUCGAGGAACUCAAGACGGAACGCAUCACAGGGUCUGCCAUGGAGCAAGUUGCUAUAUCUGGCGGAGAAAUUACCACUGCUGAAGAUCUUCCUACUCUUGAUCAAGUGAUUGGAACUGCCCAGCCUGCAUUUGACUUUGUCUCAUCUGAGAGCAAGACGACGAAGGAUGAAGAGCCCUUACCCGUGGAGAGGAACUUGGACCCUCCUUCGACCUCAGGAGAGCAAGCGCCAGUGGAAACAAUAGAUGAUGAUCGGCCAAGUAUGACAGAAGCUUUUGCUAUCGAAGACUCUACAGCGGCCUCACAAGAGGCUGUCGAAGAUGUGGAAGCCAACGAACCAGAAAUUGCGCCUCUACUGAAAAGCAAAAAGAAAAAGAAGAAGGGCAAGCAAUUGGUCGACAGUUCACCCGAGGCUAUGGAGCCCGAGACGCUUCCCAUCAUGGAGGAGCUGCCCGUAGUAGAGCUUCCUGUUACUGAGGAGACUGCCUCAACUGCCCAGGAACUUGCUGUAUCUGCCGAAGCCGGGGAAGAUGAGUUUGCACCGGUGUCGAAGAACAAGAAAAAGAAAAAGAAGAGCAAGGGCACAGAGCCUGAAAAGUUGGCGCAGGCGGGCAAAGAGCUUGACACUUGUGCAACCUCGGACGAUCAACCUCCGCCAGCUGAGCUUGCUCUCACUGAAGAGCUUUUUCCAGAGCAAUCUGCUACGAGCGAAGGGCCUGCCGAGCCCACAGUUACUGCCGAUAUUCAGACAGCUGCAGCUAUCCUGUCUGAUCAGACUAUCACGACUGGACCGUCCUCUAUUGACCAGUCAGUCUUGGUCUCCAAAGAACCAAUUGCGGCCGCAGAAUCCGAGUUUGCGCCAGUAAGCUCAAAGAGCAAAAAGACGAAGAAGAAAGGCUUUCAGCUUGGUGACUCUGUAUCAGUGGACAAUGCAUCAGAAGUUCUUACAGUAUCGGAGGACCAGUUCGAAUCUGCGAAACUCGAGACCGAUCUUCCCGUUGACACGGAGGUUCCAGUGACGGAGGCAAGUACGGACUCACAGCCAAUCACUGAAGCUACUGAAGACGAUUUUGCACCUGUGACGAAGGGGAAGAAGAAUAAGAAGAACAAGAAAAAGCCGAUUCAGUUGGAAGAAUCAUUUCCAGGUCCUGUGUCACAAACUAUAGAGGCUGCUCCAGCUGCCAAAGCCUCAGAAGACGCUAUGAUCCUAGAGAAACUGACAACCAAUAGAGCUGGGGAAGUGCAACAACAACUCGAAAAGCAAUCUCGGUCUUUGGACACUCAAGUUUCUGAACCACUCUUCUCGCAGGAUGAAGUUCCUCUAGAGUCAACGCAAGACGGCGCUAUGAGUGUUGAGCCAACACAGACAGAGAAAAGUGUCAUCUCGGAAAACACAUUGGAGGAUACUGAAGACUUUGGGGCUGAGACUGUGUCUUCUAAAAAGAAAGGCAAGAAAAAUAAGAAGAAGAGUAGUCAGGCUAGUGCUUGGGAUCUUCUGGAAGAGAAGCAAGCUGAGGAGGCCAUCCCUGACCCUGUAUCCACGUCUGCUGAGACGGAAGCCCUUGAUAAGUCCAAAGAGGAGCCGGUUGCGGAGGUUGCCACGGAAGUUUCUCGUGACCUUUCAGAAGACAAGCCUGCCGAGAUACCCACUGGUGAACAGGUCGAGGAUAAGCAGAGCACCACCGUCACUGGCAAGAAGUCAAAGAAGAAGAAGAAGGACAGCAAAUCCUCUUCAGCUCCAGAAACGGACUCUUCAUCUGAAAUCCCGGUCAACAUGGCGGAGCCGUUCCCAUUCACCGAAGAACCUGCCUCUAUCGAGGAGACAAAGUCUACUGCAGAGCCAGAGCCAGAGCCAGAGUUACAGACGGCUGGCUCGACUCCACAGACGAUCGAGGAAGAGUUGCCACAGCCCGCUGGCAAGAAGAACAAGAAAAAGAAGAAGCGCUCGAGCAUGGUGGGGGAGCCGAUGGAGGAGGAUUCGACCCUGACCGAGCCUUCAACCGAGACUGAAACUACUCCAGAGAUUGUGGUGGAUGAGCCUGCUCCUGCGGCUGAUCCUGAGGCUGAAUUUGAAGUCCCCAAGAAGGGAAAGAAGAAUAAGAAAAAGAAGAACUCUCUUUCUCCUGAACUUACCGAAGUAGAGCCUAGUACUGCACCUGAGGCUACGACCCAAAGUAUGAAGCAAGCAAUAGCUGACAAUCAUGCGGCCACGCUGGAAACACCUACUUUUGAGCCUGAAGGACAAGCUGAAGAAAAGGAUGUUGUUGACAUGGUCAACACCGAUGAACAGCCUCCAGCAGAAACCAAGCCGAUUGACAUGAUGUCUGUGGAUAAUACAAUGCUUCCUGAAGCCCUCAGGGACAUGGCUCAAACCACGGGACCUACUGUCGAAACCUCUUCUAUGAAGAACGUGGAUGAUCUUGUACCUGUGAAACUUGCAAAGAAGGAUAAGAAAAAGAGGAAGAAGCAGGCGGGCUUGGAGGAGAGUGUUCAGGGUCCUGAGCCGGAAUUUGUCGCAGAAUCAAAAGCGAUGGAUGCCGAAGCUUUGACUGACGUGGCUUACUCUGCAGAAACUUCAGAUGGGCUCGCAUCUGCGGCUCAGACGCCCAUGGAAACGGUCCCCGUGGAUCAGACCAAGGAAAUGGAGGCCAUUCCUGAGGACAUGUGGGCUGGGUUUAGUUCAAAGCAAUCUAAAAAGGACAAGAAGAAAAAGAAGGCUAAGAAUGGAGAAUCUGAACUAACACAGCAAACCGAGCCCACUCCCGCAACGGAUCUUACCCCGGAGCCAAUCCAGGAAUACUUGUCAAAGGAAAGUUCUGAAGUAGCAAAUGAUUUCGGGACUACGGACUCGACCUUUGGGCCCGGAACACCUCGUGACUCGUCGGGGGCAGCCAACGACGAGGAAGUGGUUAAGGAUGAGAAGGAGGUUGGUGAGGCCAAAGAUAAUGAUGAACGGCUGAUUGGGAAGAAGGACAAGAAAAAGAAGAAGAAGGCGAGGGCGUUGGAUAUGGAGGCUGAUGUGAGCUCAAGGGCUACUGAAGAGACACCUGUCUCCGAGGAGCCCGAGACAAAAAAGGCGGAAGAAGUUGGCGGCGACGAUUCGUGGACUGAUACGGUGUCAAAGAAAGAGAAGAAGAAGAACAAGAAGGCCAAGCAGGGCUCUCAGUACGAUGACUUGCCACCACAAAAUACUCCGAUUCAGGACGCCGACAACCCCUACGACGCUGAUGCACGACCAGAGGCCGAAAAAGUUGACCCCUUGGAGCCGGCAACCACAGCGCAGAAUAUUGGCGUCACUGAAGUGAGUGAUGCAGCACCUCGUGAUGUCACAUUCGAGUCCCACCAAGCAACUGCAGACGUGCAGGCGGAAACCCAGGAAACCCAGGAGCCCAAGGACAUGUCCAUGCCGCCCGAUAGUCAGCCCCCACAACCCAACCUGGACGUUGCAGAGAGUUCUGCUGCGAUAACCUCAGAAGAUUGCACUAUUGUCCAAGAUGCAUCUGCUCAGCCAAGCGGCGAUCCCGACGUGCCAGUGGCCGUGGAUGAGCCGGCUGAUGACGAAUGGUCAAUGCCAAUCACCGGCAAGAAGGCGAAAAAGGGUAAGAAAAACCGCAAGAGCCAAGUAGACUCGAUGUUCUGGGAUGAGCCAACUGCUGGCUCGUCUAGCCUACCUACCGAGGACAAGUCUGUCCCUGAGAGUGGUGCGGCUUCUUUUGAACCGGUUCAACCUAUCACCCCCGAUGAGAUGGUUGAUUGCAGUACAACCGACCGAGAAGCAGACUUAGUCUCCAGUGCCGCAGAGCAAGCCGAAGCAACGGAAUUUCCUAGUCACAAUGUUGAUGUUUAUGAUACCCAAGCCAUGGCUGAUUUACCUCUGAUUUCAUCGACAUCACCUGCUGAGCAUGUCAUUGAUCUAGAUCAGGGGAAGAGCUGCGCAGCCGACGAUUCUUGGCAAAGCACCCCACAGAGGAAGCUAUCCAAGAAAGACAAGAGGAAGAAGAAGAAGCAGCAGGUAAGCCUUGCCGACCAGCCAGAGGAUGAAUCACAGGAGACAACCUCUGGGGGAGACAAUACGCCAGCGGAACCGGCGGACCCGGUGGCUGCUUCCUUAAACGAGCCUGUUGAAAGCCCAAUCAUUGCAGAAGAUAUUACUGCUGAGCCCGAGGAGCGGUUGCCGAUCAAUAAGUCCAAAGAGGACCAGAAGAAAACUGCAGCUGCCACGUUAGCUGCUACUGCAUUGGCUGCCGCCGGGAUCACUGCAACAAUAGCGACCCUUGGGGAGGAACACGAUUCACUUGUUGCAGAGGAACCAGUCCAGUUUGAAGGAAGCAGGUCAUGGGCCGAUGAGAUGGAAGACGAAGCAGCCAGUACUCCCGCAGAACAAAAACCCGUUAUCGGAACUCUACAGGAAGUUGACGACGUCAGCUUUCUCGCGUCGAAGGAGGUUAAUAAGGGUGAGAAAAGCAAGUCCAAGCAACCAUCUUCUGGCGAUUUUUCGACCGUCGAGCCAACACCAACGGCUGAGACAGGUCCAGAGGCUAUCCCAGAGGCCACCCCGAAAGCCGUGGAGCCUGCUGUAGAGGAGGCCCCUGUUCAUGAAAUACUCGAUGCAGGGGGCGAGUGGGCGAUUCCUUCAAAGAAAAAGGCCAAGAAGGGCAAAAAGAGUAAAUCGGGCAGCGGAACAUUGACCCCUGCAGAACCUGCAUUGACCCCGGAGGACACGAUACGUGAACCAACACCGACAAUUCUGCAAGCCUCUACGGACCCUGCGGCUUCACCUGACCCGGUAGAAGACAACGAUUUAUCAAAAGAGACAAACCCUCCUGUCCCUGAAGACGCUGGUGACGAAUGGGCCGUACGGCCGAAGAAGAAGGGGAAGAAGGGAAAGAAGAGCAAGACAAGCAGUGGGACGAUGACCCCUGCUGAGCCAGCAGGAGACGAGGGAGCUCCGGAGACUAUGGACCCCAUCACCGAAUUUGCGCCUACUCAGCUAAUGAAAGCUGAAUUAGCAGCUAAAGAAGGAGAGACUACGGCUGCCGUUGGAGUGGAUGAUGAAUGGGCGGUGCCUUCCAAGAAGAAGAGUAAGCAAGGCAAAAAAGACAAGUCAAGCAGCGCCACGGCGACUCCAGUCAAUGAGUCCGGCAUCGUCUUACCUGACCUACAGUCAGAGGCCCUGUCAACCACAAAUGAGGCGAUGGAGCCUCAUGGUCGAGCCCUUGGAGUGGACAGUGUUUCGAAUAUUGCCGAGCCUGUAGAACCCACAAAGACUUUUGAGCCUGAAGAGCUGCCUCAUCCCACGGAUGAUAAUGACGCUGAGGACUGGGGUUCCGCUGUUGCAAAGAAGGACAAGAAAGGAAAGAAGAGUGAGGCCGGUAGUGGCACGAUGACACCAAUAAUGCCGCUUGAUGAAACCCCUGUCCAACUUCCUAGGGACGAACAAUUGGCACCCGAACAAGAACCCAAGCCUACCACAGAGGAGCCUGCUGCGAUAAAACUCCCGGAUGCUGUGGAAGACAGUUCUAUGACCUUGUCUACCUUUGACGAACUCCCAAAUACAACAUCGGUGGUAGGGGCUGGAACACUUGAGGAUCGUGGCCUCCAUGCUAUGGAGAUAGAUACGAUCUCGGCGGAGAACGCGGAUCAAAACCGGGAACACGGUGUAUCCGAGACAAGAGGUUUUGGCAAUAUCCUUGGAGCCUCUGCCGAGGGCCAAGAUUUUGGCACUAGACCUGAGGUUGUCGCCGAAAACGCGGCCGAAAAACUGGCAACAGUCACAACAGAGGCCGAACCGAAUGAAACCUGGGCAGUGCCGGUCAAAAAGAAGUCCAAGAAAGAGAAGAAACGCAAGUCAAGCCAAGUUGUGCUGGAUGCCCCUCUAAACGAUCCUGUUGUGGAAGAGAAGGACCUAUCGUUUACUGCAGCCGAGGCACAACCGGAAGAGGCUGCCGAUGAUGAAUGGCCAGAUGACUUUUCUGUGCCCAAAUCCAAGAAGAAGAAAGGCAAGAAGGCUGCUGCAGAAGCCCCUGCUGGGUCUGUUGAGAAAAAAGCUCUUCAAUCAUUUGAAGAAACGGCAACGGGCAAGAAUAUUGCGUGUGCGGAUGAUGUUUCGAGCAGAGAUGCUACUGGGCCAGCAAGUAGCGACCGCCACGCUGGAGAGAAUACAUUGUCCCGAAAUCUCGGCGACCAAGUCAAGGAUAACAAAGCCAAGAGUCAACCAGGUCUAUCCACGACUGACGCACUAGCAACGGCGGGCGCAAUCGCUGGGGGUGUAGCUGUACUGGCUGAGAAGUUUGGAGGUGGCAAGAAGAAGACAAAGGGGAAGCAGAAGAAGAUUGUGGACAAGAGACAGCCACAGGACGAUGACAUGUUUGAUGACCCUGCCUUGUGGGAGGGAGCGGAUAAGAAGGCGCUGGAUGAUGGAAAGGAUGCGGAACUCCACGAGAAUUUCUGGGGCGGAGCGGCAGACGAGGAGGAGGAAGGGAACAAGGACAAAGAAGUGGCCAAGGGCGUGGGGAUGCUAGAAGUUGCCAAUACCAGAGAACUGAAGCAUGUUCUGCCUGGGACAAUGAGCGGGAGCUUUACAGAGUCGGAUGGAGGAUGGACGGAGACACCACAGCAUGGAGUGCCGCUCAGUGACGAGUUUGCAGAGAACCCUAUUCUGGGACGUGGAGAGGCGGCCGCUCUUACGAUGUCAAAGGAACCUACAGGUCUGUUGCGCCGAUCUGCCGGAGUUGGCGAACCAGUCGGUGGAUUGCUUAAAGAGAGAUCCGACCCCGAGCCAACGUUACAAAGUAUGGGUUCAGAGUCUGACUUCAGGCGUUCUCCGUCAAGAGGCCUGCCUUCCGUUCAAGAAGUCCCCGAGGCAGAGGCAAUCGCAGCCCAGUACAACUGGCCAACACCGGAGAUGAACCGCGAUAGCGGCUUUGCCCCCGAGUCGCCGACUCCACGGCGGCGGCGCAGCAUCACUUCUACAGACGACCAGCAACGGGACAGCGGAGUCCACACAGACGACUACAGUGAUGGCAAGAUGCAGACGCAGACGCAGACGCAGACGCCCGAUGUGUCUACGAAGAAGAGAUUACGACACUCGCCCUCUGCCACCCCUGUUUUGACAGAACCAGAGGCGGCAGUUGCUCCGCCAGAGCCAGAGAAGAAGGACAAGAAGGCGAAGAGGAGCGCUACGACGACCAAGACAAAAGACUACGGCGAGGCAGCCUCGAUGGGCGGCGUCGCGGCUGGAGUAGCAGCAGCAGCAACAGGAGCUGGAAUCGGACUUGCAGCCAAAGCAGCGACAGAAAAGGCUACGGCGGGACAGCGAAGCGUCAGCGACAACCCCUACAUCUACGCAUCGGGCUCAUUGCCAUCAUUAAAGGCUGCAGCUGCAGCGACGGCAACAGCAACGCCAACAAGGGGCCCGGAUGGGCAGGAUCUGUCUUCACGGGCCGAGCCAGUCGCGCGUCGGUCCGUGUCCAACUCCAGCCUCUCCCGGCAGCACACGCCUGAGCCGCUCAGGUUGCGGCCUGAAAGUCCAGGCAUCACUGGUCUGCAAGGUCUGCAAGGUCUGCAAGGUCUGCACGGCCUCCAAGGGCUGAGAGGAUCCACCCCAACCCCCCCACUUCGGCGUGUUGACAAGCGCAUGAGCGGCGACCUGCGAGCUCUUCGUCAACGACGCAACUCCAGUUCCACUUCAUCAACGCCUACGUCGGCGCCCGCGAUUGCGACUGCCACUGACUCCCAGGUGCUGCCGCCGCCUGUCGCCAACGAGAGCCGUGUCCGCUCCAAGGGCGAGGAAAGGGACAUGGCCGACGUCUACGACGGCUACGGCGAGGGCCGCAUUGGCUCGCCGCGGUCGCCCACCCGCCCUCACAGCAUGCGCCGCCGCCAAAGCAUGCAGGUCCUCGAGCUCGAGUCCAGGGUCGAGCAGCUCAUGGCCGAGAACCGCAUGCUAACCGAGGCCCGCACGCAUGCCGAACAGAAUCUCAGUCAGAAAGCCGCCAGCGUCCUCUCCGAGCGCGACUCUGAAAUCGAAUCUCUCAAACAAUCACUGCACUUUUUGCAAAACGAGGUCGCCCGUCUGACCGAGGUCAACGAGGGCCUCACAAGCGCCAAUGCAGAGCUGGCCAGCAAGGACAGUGGCCGCUAUGCCGACAUGACCCGCGAGCUGGACGAGGCUCGUGGCGCCCACACUACAUUUACCCAGUCGCUGCGGGACAGGGACGCUGAAAUCGCCGACUUGCGCGCCAAGCUGGAAGAGGCCAAGGACCAAGUCCGCCAGAUGCAGCGCAAGAUCCUCGAGUCCAAGGCUGGCGAUGCUGGGUUCCUCAACAUCAAGGACGAGGACUACUUCGACCACCGGUGCCAGCAGCUCUGCUCGCACGUCCAGCAGUGGGUGUUGCGCUUCUCCAAGUUUUCUGACAUGCGCGCCUGCCGCCUCACGAGCGAGAUCAACGACGAGAAGACGAUUGACCGCCUGGACAAUGCCGUCUUGGAUGGAACCGAUGUCGACACCUAUCUUCGGGACCGCGUCAGGCGUCGGGACAUCUUCAUGGCCAUGUCGAUGAACAUGAUUUGGGAGUUUGUCUUCACGAGGUACCUGUUUGGCAUGGAUCGAGAACAGCGCCAAAAACUCAAGUCUCUGGAGAAGCUGCUGACAGAAGUCGGCCCUGCGCAGGCCGUUCGCCAGUGGCGAGCAGUCACGUUGACCCUCCUUUCCAAGAGAGCCAGCUUCAAGGACCAGCGGGACCUCGAUACCGAAGCCGUUGUGCAGGCCAUCUACCAGACUCUCUGCAAAAUACUCCCCCCGCCGUCCAACCUGGAAGGCCAAAUCCAAUCACAGCUUCGCAGAGUCAUGCACGAAGCGGUGGACCUGUCCGUUGAAAUGCGCACUCAGCGAGCAGAAUACAUGAUGCUUCCACCCCUGCAGCCCGAAUAUGACGCAGAUGGUGAACUGGCAGCCACUGUGUCCUUUGAUGCAGCCAUGAUGAAUGAGCGAAGCGGCAGCACCAACAUGACCAACGAGGAGCUCGAAUCUCAGGGAUCUGUUGUUCGAAUAGUCCUAUUCCCUCUUGUUGUCAAACGAGGAGACGACGACGGCAUCGGCGAAGAAAAGAUUGUCGUCUGUCCCGCCCAAGUACUCAUCUCUCGCGAUGACAAGGGCAGACGCCAUUACACCCCAUCAAGCGAAGCCGGUGGCGCUUCUCUCGGUGCACGCAGCCGCAUCAGCCUUGUCACAGAAUCAAUGGGGCAACCCGAAGCCUAA